UUAGGAUUACCCCAUCCAUUCUGUAGAAGACAGACACAAGUUGGCUGCUCAGGGAAAAUUUGUAACGACUGAAUUUGAGCCAUGCUUUGAUGCUGCUGACUUUAUUCGAGCUGGAAGAGAUAUUUUUGCACAGAGAAGCCAGGUUACAAACUACCUGGGCAUUGAAUGGAUGCGUAGGCAUCUUGCUCCACACUACAAAGUGCAUAUCAUCUCCUUUAAAGAUCCUAAUCCAAUGCAUAUUGAUGCCACCUUCAAUAUCAUUGGACCUGGUCUUGUGCUUUCCAACCCGGACCGACCGUGUCACCAGAUUGAUCUUUUCAAGAAAGCAGGAUGGACCAUAGUUACUCCUCCAAUACCAGUCAUUCCAGAUGAUCACCCACUCUGGAUGUCAUCCAAAUGGCUUUCCAUGAAUGUCUUAAUGCUAGAUGAAAAACGUGUUAUGGUGGAUGCCAAUGAAGUCCCAAUUCAAAAGAUGUUUGAAAAGCUGGGUAUCAGCACCAUUAAGGUUAACAUUCGUAGUGCCAAUUCCCUGGGAGGAGGCUUCCACUGCUGGACCUGCGAUGUCCGGCGCCGAGGCACCCUACAGUCCUACUUUGACUGACCACACUUGAUGGGGCUUGUGGCGUAGGGACAAGGUUCAUUUUCCUGCUUUAAGAAGUACAUGAACUAUAGUGCUUUAAACAAUCAUAUCCUUAACAGGGGUCUUAAGCCUUCAUUUUCUUUGUUACGAGGAAAAUAACUUGUGCUAUGUCUUACUUUCUGCUCCUAAAUUUAUUUGCUAUUUGGCUUCAAGCAUAUAGUAACUUGGCCACUAAUAUUUAACCAUCUACCUCUGUUUUUAAUUUUCUUUCCAAAAGGCAGCUUGAAGUGUUAGUCCUAAUCUUCACUUUUUUUUUUUUUUUUUACUUUUUGUUACACUUGUGAAUGAUCGUAUCACUUCUUUUUUCUUAAUGAAAGAUUUAGAAUAUUCACAAAUCUUAAGUAGAACCAGAUAAUUGUCUCUUUUUCUAAUGAAUUUUGGUAAUUUUUAUUUGUUAAAAAAAAUAACCUAGACUGUACAAACAUUUAAGUAAAUUUUCCAUGAAUGUUUUUAAUAUUCUCAUCUCAACAGUGGUGAUGUUUGCUACUAAAAACCUUUCCAUACAACUUACCUCAUUUCAAGUGAUUUAUUUUCAUCUCUUUUUCUUCUCUGAUUAUAAUUUUAUAGAAAUAUUUAGUGCAGUAGGAUAUAACUACCAGUUCCCAUCUCUAAAUUUUGAUAUUCAGCAUCGAAUGGAUAUACUACACCUUUUGGUAAUCUAAGAUUUGUUUACAGAUGUGCAAAUUAUUUAAAGUGCAGACUUUAAAGACAUUAAAAACUAACAGAGGUAAAACCUACAUGUGAUAUGAAGUAAUUUUAAUGUUGAAUACUGUAUGUGUAUUUUUAUUCUAAUAAAGUUUUGUGUUACAGAAAAUGGA